CACUGGUGUUUGUCGAUCAGUCGAUGACCUGGAGAGCUGCUCAGAGUUACUGCAGACAGAAUCACAUUGAUCUGGUCAGUGUGAGGAACCAGAAUGAGAAUCAACAGCUGGAGAAGUUUAUUAAUGAGAGUAAGAAAUCUGGAUCUUCAGUCUGGAUCGGUCUGUUCAGUGACCCAUGGCAGUGGUCAGAUCAGAGCAACUCCUCAUUCAGAUACUGGGCAGAUAAUUUUAUAGAUCUAGCAGACUGUGCAGUGAUUCAACCAAACAAACAGCGACGAUGGGGUGACUACAAUAAUGUUUACCAUCAGUAUGCUUUUGUGUGUCAUGAAGAUAAACUGAUUGUGAUCCAGCAGAAUCUGUCGUGGUCUGAAGCUCUGAGAUACUGCAGACAGAAUCAUGUGGAUCUGGUCUCGGUUCAGUCAGUGGAGAUGCAGCGUUGUGUGAUGAACGUGGUUAAACUGGCGUCUACUGAGGCGGUGUGGUUGGGUUUACGUCACUCCUGCGCUUUGGGCAUCUGGUUCUGGGUGAGUGGAGAGACCGUAUGCUAUCAGAACUGGGCUCCAGGGAACGGCACAUCAGAGGAGGACUGUGAGCCCACAGUGAGAUCUGGAGCAGUUCAGUCUGGAGGAAAUCAGACCUGGAUCAGCCGUCCUGAAACUGACAGACUCAACUUCAUCUGCAGCAGAUAUGAGUGAAUAAAUAUAGUAUCUGUCAUUUAAGAUAACAAAUGUGUGAUCACUAUUUGUUUUUAUCCUCUUUUGUCUGCUUGUUUAAAAUACAUACUUUAACAUAUCUUGUAGUUGUUCUAUCCUGUAGUUAUUAAGUUCAUGUUUAAUUCAAACAUUUUCUUCAGCAAAUAAUUAUUGAGCUCAUUUAAAGUGGGCCUGUUUUGCAGUUUUUUUAUUCAUCAGUAUGAUUUGUUUGUGUUUGUCCAUUUUAAAAGCCUCAGCUUAAUUAGCAAUACUUUCAAUAUAUACUUUGUUAUAAAUUAUAAAUGUAUGAUAUAUGCAUACUGUUAGGAAUGGGUUUAUAUCCACAGCGGUUCGAAAUGUAGUUCUGCUGAAUGACUAAGAAGUUAUUAGUAUGAUGGAGAAAAACUACAUUUCUAUUCUUACCAUUCUUCUGCAAUCUUGUUGUAGAGAAACUGCACAGAAGGACUUACUUCAAACAUUAAAGAUAAUAACAAAGUUAGGUGACAAGAACUUAAAGUACUUAAAAAAACUGUUA